GCUCACCGCCCCGGGGACCCUUUCCUGGCGGUCACCGGGGGUUCCUUGGCUGACCCGGCGCGGAGAUGGGCGGCAGGACUGGGGUGGGGGGCUCCUCCCCGCCCCCUCCUCCUUUAAAAUGGCGUUAAUGAGGACAGAGAUCCGCCCGGGGAGUUGUCAGAUUCGUACGAAUAAUCACAAGCAGCUUGCUUCAUAAACAAGCCUUCCCUGCGCCCCGGGGCUCUGCUCACCACUGGGGCCUGGGCUCCUACCUUGACCUGACUGGGCCCUGGGCGCCCACCGUGUGUGUCAGGCACAGCGCCAGCUCCUGCCCCGCAGGCUCGGCGGGGGCGCAGAGGGAACGACUCCCCGGCGUGCUCCCUGGUGGCAUCAGGUGUGACCCACCAGAAGCAUGGCGACCAGCGCCGUCCCCAGUGAUAACCUCCCCACGUACAAGCUGGUGGUCGUGGGGGAUGGAGGUGUGGGCAAGAGCGCCCUCACCAUCCAGUUCUUCCAGAAGAUCUUCGUGCCUGACUAUGACCCCACCAUUGAAGACUCCUACCUGAAGCACACGGAGAUUGACAAUCAGUGGGCCAUCCUGGACGUUCUGGACACAGCCGGGCAGGAGGAGUUCAGCGCCAUGCGGGAGCAGUACAUGCGCACGGGGGACGGCUUCCUCAUCGUCUACUCGGUCACUGACAAGGCCAGCUUCGAGCACGUGGACCGCUUCCACCAGCUCAUCCUGCGUGUCAAGGACAGGGAGUCAUUCCCGAUGAUCCUGGUGGCCAACAAGGUCGAUUUGAUGCACUUGAGGAAAAUCACCAGGGAGCAAGGAAAAGAAAUGGCGACCAAACACAAUAUUCCGUACAUAGAAACGAGUGCCAAGGACCCCCCUCUCAACGUGGACAAAGCCUUCCAUGACCUCGUUAGAGUAAUUAGGCAACAGAUCCCUGAAAAAAGCCAGAAGAAGAAGAAGAAAACCAAAUGGCGGGGAGACCGGGCCACUGGCACCCACAAACUGCAGUGCGUGAUCUUGUGACAGGCCUGAGGUCCGGGGUGCAGUGACCACGACCCGGCCAGCCCUCGGGACCCCUCCACCACCUAACCGCACUGAGCACUCUUUCUAACCACCACCCGCGGCCCAAGGCCUCGCACAGGAAGGGAGACAGGGAGGGAGGGCAGGGAGCCAGCAGGGGCGGGCCUUGCCCAGGGGGGCAGGGCUUUCUCCUUUCCCCCAGGAGAUGAGGAAGCCCCUGGCGAGCCUGCUGAGCCGCCCGGCCCUCCUCGGAGGUGUGCUGUUUCUCUCCCCUCGUGGGGGUGGAAGUGUCUGUCCACCUACAAAUACAGAACAAGCCCUGAGCAAGCUUCCGCCCUUGCCCGCCGCUCCUCGGUGUCUGAGCUUGGGCAUCUUUUGUAGAUUUUUAAAUUAUUUUAAGGAUUGUUGUUUUCCUAAAGGGGUCUGUGCCCACUGCUACAGAGCCCCCUAGUUCCCCAGUCACAGGUCUGAGAUGUUGUUGUUACUGUAGACUCUGUUCUCCCAGCGGUGCCCAAACUGAACCCGAUACGAAAGUAGAGUGACGGAGAGGACCGGUGUCAGCGAGAGCUGUGGCUUCGGGCCCUGGGCUGUGGGUCCAGCUGGGAGGAUGUGGCCCUCCUCGUGGCCUGGACGGGAGAGACGGGAAGUGCUGACUGCCGGGGUUUUGCAGGUGGAGGCUGCAGGUGUUAGAAGAGGGGGUUUUACUUUGCCGAGGGCAGUGGCUGGCACAAGCGUGCCAGUUCUAAGAGGAGUUUUCAUUGUCCAGCAGAUGUAUGCAGUAAGCUGGUCGGCUUUGCAAAAGCGUGUGCUGGGUUUUCAGGGAGGGUGGGGUCAGCCGUGUGCUCGCGGAUGUGCGAGAGGGCGCUGGCCGGCUCAGACCCGUCGCCUCCUCACUGUCCAUCCCUGGGCUGCCUGCUGCCUUUCUGACCUGAGCGCGCAGACACCAUCAGGAAAACUCUGGUUCGUGCUGAAUCUUCACCCAGGCCGAGUCAGGGCAGUCGUCAGUGGAGCAGCGCCCAGGCCAGAAGCCAUUUUCCUACUCCGAAAGGACGGUCGGUGAGCACGCCCUUUCCGGGAUUUGAAGACGGAGCAUUCGGCUGCCUUGGAACAUCCUUUUAGCGACCUCUUGGCUCUUGACUAGACUCCGUCACCAGAGAAGAAAGGCGGCUCCGGCCGACGUGCUGGUGCCAGCAGCCAGGUGGGGGGCGGGGCAGCAGCACACAUGCCCCCGAAGGGAGGGGCACAGCUGGUGCCCUUAUUUCCCAGAUGUCACAUAUGAGGUCACCAAACCAACGAGGGCACCCCCAGCAGGCCGCCUGGCCACUCUUAGGAGAAAGAGCCCCAGGGAAGAUGAGCGCCUACUGUUCAUCGGGGCGCCUGGAUCCUCUGACAGUCCCCAACCCGGCGAGCUCGCCAGCUGGAGGAUGAUUCUGCUGCAAGAGGAGGCUUAGGACUCUGGCUAGUCGGAGGUCACAGUUAGCAGUCUAAAUGGCCCUGUAUGUCUGCAUGGAAGGAUGAGAGAGAACAUUCCAGAUGAGGCCCUUCAGGGUCCCCCCAAUCCUGUACUGCUAUCUGAACCCCAGGAGGACAAAGCUGUUUCCAAGCCUUAGACUUCUCCGAGCCACCAGCUCCGCAGCCCCGUGUGUGGUGGCUGCUGUCAGCUGGGGAUGCGGGCCGGGAGAAGUGAGGAUGGAGACGCUUUGCACUGACAGAGACGAAGGAGACAAGAAGCCCCGCUCACGGGGCGACGGCACCAGCAGCUGCUCCCGGCAGUGGAGCUAGAUCGUUGACCUGGAGCAGAGCUUCAGCCGUAAAGAUAAUGCGCUGGACACAAGGGCUCGGAGCGCUGCUGGUCUGCCCCCCGCCCCCUGCCGGCCCCAUCUUCCAGAGAUCUAUCCUGCAUUGGCCCACAGCUCAGUUCCAUGGUACCCAUGGGAGAAACCAAUCGACAACUGACCUGCAGCCUCCACUUUUGGACCAAUGGGGAGCUUUCAUCUCCCAUUUCUCCUGUUUUCCCUGUAGGUUAGGUGAGUUGAUUUUCAGACAUGAGUUCUAGUGACAGAGGUAGCUUCUGGAUGGGCGAAGGUAGAGUGUACCCUGGGGCAUACCCCAUACAGCUUCUCCCUCGUCACCUGGCAGGGCCAGGCUGCGACAGCUGCUCUGGGUCCCGCUGGGACCUGUGGCCGUGAUGACAACCUCACAUGCCCACUGGUUUCCCAGGGAAUAGUGCAGGCUUCACAUGACCCUGAAACACACCCUACCUGCAGUGCCCUCACCCCAUGCCCUGCCGUGGUGUGCUCUCGGAUCUCCUCCCCGUUCUGGCACCCUGCUCAGAGGGCUCCCUUUCUCCCCAGAGGGAGUCCCCACCAUGGGGCCAUGGCCACUUACUGCCCAUGCACUUUGCCCCCAGGGGAUGCGUAGAUGCUUUCUCUUAGGGCUUUGCCGAGCACCUUCUCCUGGCACGUGCUGGGGAGAGUGCUUGGUUGGCCUACGUGGCCCACUAACACAUGGCUAUUCUAACUCCGAGGCCCCUGAGGCCUGUGACAGGACGAUCAGAACCAGUUUCCCCCAUUAGCAGCCCAUUGGGUUUCGAAAUCCCACGUUGGGUUUG